AUGGACGCUGUCCUACAGAUCUUCAAGCGAAGUAUUUGUCCAGGCACGACAUUUUUUGAGUCACUCGCUAAGAAGCCUCCUGCGACGAUGGACGACUUGUUUCUACGUGCGAACAAAUACUCAAUGCUCGAAGAUGACGUGCGGGCAGCUACCCAGCAAGUCUUGGUUGCCGGACAGCUGUCCAAGGGUAGUACAGAAAGAAGUGCCAAACUUCUGGACAGGCCAAGGCCAUCCGAUCGAAGGCAGGAAGGUCCAAGUCGCCCGGAAAUGCCAACCCUCACACCUCUUUCCAUAACUUAUGAGAAACUUCUCCCUAUGAUCCAAGGCAUGUCCGAUUUCAGGUGGCCUAGACCCCUUGGAUCGGACCCAUCCAGAAGGGAUCAUAACAAAAAAUGCGCCUACCACAAGGAGCAUGGCCACACAACGGAGACAUGCAGAAGCCUCCAGUAUUUGGUGGAAAGGCUUAUAAAGGCAGGACAUUUGAGGCAAUGCCUCCGCUCAGAUACCGGAGAUAGAGACGCCCCCCGGAAUCACAACUCUGGAACCCCCGUGGCUCCAGCCGCACCCAAAGCCGUCAUAAACUACAUUAACGGAGGCCCAUUGGAUGAGGAGUUCAACUCCAAACGAAAAAGACAGAAAUUAUUGCUGGAGGCAAUGGUGCGUGAGCGUGUCAACUCCAUCCGGCCUGGGAUAACUGGGGGGGGGGGGGGGCCUCGCCCCAUAGACGGAACAAUAAUUUUCCCACCAGUAGACCCCACUCGGAUAUUGUGGCCGCACCGUGAUGCCCUCAUUUUAUCCUUAGGAAUGGGCAAGUUUGACAUAAGACGCAUCUUAAUUGACCCAGGUAGCUCAGCCGAUCUAGUGCAAGCAUCGGUCAUAAGCCACAUGGGACACAAUUUAGUUGGUCUCGAAAACCCUGGAAGGAUCUUGUCCGGAUUCAACUAUUUCCUUAGGAGACAUUAUGCUGCCAGUUCAAGCUGGCCCAGUCACUCUCAACGUUCAGUUUUCGGUGGUACAAGAUUUAUCACCCUUCAACGUUAUCUUGGGACGCACAUGACUGCACUGCAUGAAAGCCAUCCCCUCCACGUAUCAUCAGAUGGUAAGCUUUCUUACCGAGGAUGGGCAAAUCAACCUGUACGGCAGCCAGUUAGCCGCUCGCCAAUGCUACCAGAUAGCAAGAGAAGCAGGGACCACUUAGGAGAAUGA